CUCUCUCUCUCUCUCACACACACACCUGGUCUGGGACGAACUGAAUGAUAAGGCAGGCUCCAGUCAGCAGCGGGCGGCGGGAAAAGGAAGAAAGUGUGUGUGGGGGGUGGGGUUGGCAUGCACCGGCAGCAGGGCCAUGGAGCACUCCCCCCAGCCCUCCCAAAGUACCUCUGCAGACAGUGUGCAGCGGUGGCAGCAUGGCCGUGGAGCACCCCCGCCUUCCCAAAGUACCUCUGCGGGCAGUGGUGAGUCCGUGGAGCACCCCCAGCCCUCCCAAAGCACCUCCUCGGGUAGCAUGCGGCAGCGGCAGUGGGGUCGUGGAGCACCCCCAAGCCCUCCUAAAGCACCUCCAUGGGUGGCAGUGCUUACAAGAGGCAGCCAGGUCCCUGCCCUCCUGGUCGGAGCACCACCACCGCUACUAGCUUCUCCCAGGGGCAAAACGAAAGGAAGCGGGCGAUGGCGGCGGAUCUGGCUGCCUCCCAUAAGCAGUGCUGUCACCACAGUGCCUCCACCAGCUUCCUUUCAUUUUGCCCCAGGAGAAGCGGGCGGCGGUGACAGAGCACCACUGCUGCCGUUCGCUGCGCUGCAGACACCACAUGGUAAGGAGAGCUGGGGGAGCGUCAUGUGGCGGCUUAGCCAGCCAGCCAAGCCCAAGGAUGGUGGGGGCAGUAGCUAGCUAGGCCCCAGCCAGCACCACUGCCGGGAUGGGGCCGCGCUGAUCAGGAAGCCAGCCAGUUGAGCCCGGGGAUGGUGUGUGGUGGGCAGCUAGCUAGGCCCCAGCUAGCGCCGCUGAUGGGAUGGAGCCGCACUGGUGGGGAAGCCAGCCAGCCUAGCCAGGGAACAGUGGGGAGAUGGCAAGGUCUGGGCACAGGCUUACUUGUGAGCAGGCAGAUCAGGGCUGCUCAGUUGGGGUUAGGGUUAGCCUAACUCAGCUGGAAGGAACAGUGGAGAGACUCGUGUUGGCUCCGGCCAGGUCAGCGGCUGCUUCUCUCAC